CGAGCCCGAGCGGACCGAGCUGCGGCUGUAGCCGGGCGGCGAGUGCAGAACAAGGCGGCGGUGGCGCGCGGGCCGGGCCGCGGGCGGUCAGUCAGCCAGGCGGCGGGGAUGGCGAUGCGGCGACCCCGCUGAGCCCGCCCGCCCGCGCCGAGAGCCGGCCGCGCCGGGCGGCCCGGGCCAGGCGGCAGCAUGCGGAGCGGCGAGGAGCUGGACGGCUUCGAGGGCGAGGCCUCGAGCACCUCCAUGAUCUCGGGCGCCAGCAGCCCGUACCAGCCCACCACCGAGCCGGUGAGCCAGCGCCGCGGGCUGGCCGGCCUGCGCUGCGACCCCGACUACCUGCGCGGCGCGUUCGGCUGCCUCAAGGUCGCCCAAGUGAUUCUGGCCCUGAUUGCGUUCAUCUGCAUAGAGACCAUCAUGGAGUGCUCCCCAUGUGAAGGCCUCUACUUUUUUGAGUUUGUGAGCUGCAGUGCAUUUGUGGUGACUGGAGUCUUGCUGAUCCUGUUCAGUCUCAACCUUCACAUGAGGAUCCCCCAAAUCAACUGGAACCUGACGGAUUUGGUCAACACUGGACUGAGCACUUUCUUUUUCUUUAUUGCUUCAAUUGUACUGGCUGCUUUAAACCACAAAACCGGAGCAGAAAUUGCUGCCGUGAUAUUUGGUUUCUUGGCAACUGCAGUGUAUGCAGUGAACACAUUCCUGGCAGUGCAGAAAUGGAGAGUUAGCAUCCGUCAGCAGAGCACCAACGACUACAUCCGAGCCCGUACGGAGUCCAGAGAUGUGGAUGGCCGCCCUGAGAUUCAGCGCCUGGACACGUGAGGACCUGCCAGCGUCCUCCUCCCUUUCCCAACCUGUGCCCAUCCUUUCAGUCAAGUCUUCUUUACCUUGUCAUGUUAGACUUUCAUGUGAUUAUUUUGAAUUUUGUCCUCUUUGGGAAAAUUUUAUUUUGAGAAAGGGUCUGUAGAGUGUCCCUGUUGGUGGGUAUGCGAGGUGGGAGCCCUCCCCCUUUUUUCUCCCCCCCCUUUUCCCUCCCCAUCUUGUUGUUCAGACGGAGGUGAAUGGGAGAGGUCUAUGGAUUCUCCAGCACUUGAUGACUGUGGAAGCAGCUGGCCUUGGGGCUGCUGUGUCCACUUUAGGUCUUUAUACAGGCUUUCCACCUAACUCUGAGCCAUCCUGUCAUAAUAUAUUUGUGAUAAAGGGGAACAAAGCAUGGAGGCACAGCAACCAGCCAGCAGCUAUUCUUGGGCAGUCUGUCACCACACUGCCAGGGCUGUCCCUUGCUCUUCACCUCAUGCCCAAGUCACAGCCAGUCACCACAAGCCCAAAAUCCACAUGACAGUAAGGGUCUUGCUGGUGGGUUUCAACUUGAUGGGGAUGGAAAAAGCUGGCAUCCUCUUGGGACAGUGCCACAGGACUGCUGACAUAUAGGAGGGCCACCUCUCCUUUCCUACCCUGCUGAGAAGUCACUUGAUUCUUCCUGAAACCUGGGGUCUUCUCUAGGAAUAUAGACACCAUCUUUUCCCUUAGUUUCCUACCUAUUCCUAAUAUUUGGAGGCUGGGUUGCAGCUUCUCUGUGUUUACCUUCUCAGGUAAAAACCACAGAAGAAAUAUGAUCCAUUCCACCAGCCAGAACACUUGCCCACUGCUGACGUCAUGAACCACAGGUGGAGAUACCCUACAUUUUAGGACUGUGUGCUAAUUCUCAAAUGCCUGCGAGAAGUUCUAAAGUGAUUCUGAGUAGAUUUGUCUAUGACUUGAAAAUACUUGAAUUUGCACCAUGACACAUCCUUUUACAGAUGUUUCAGAAGGCACACAUUGUAGCUUUGGUGCCUUAGUGUCAUAACUAUGAAACUGAUCUUGGAAGUUAUUGGGGAAAAAUUCUAGGUAUGUGAGGAAGUGAUUCUUGAUGAAGUGAAGAUUAUUGUGGUGAGUGAGUUAAAUGAGCCCCUAUCAUGGUGUAGCUUUUUUGUUUUUUUGGAGAUUAAUUGUAGCUUUUAUGGAAAAUUUGUUGGAAUUUGUUAGGUUUUCACUCUUUGAACUGUUUUUAAUGUUUACAAACCUCAUUUGAGCUCUAACAUCCAUUUAUCACUCAGCAAGGAAAACAUUCUGCUGGUGGAAAGGUUUUGCAGCAGCAUGGAGACUCUCCAGGAUUCUGUUCUAGUGUGACUGCUUAUAGCUUUAGCUGUAUCCUACAUAAUGAGAGGCAAAGAGAAUGAAUGAAUGUGUGGGUGGGUGGGUGGAGAAUGUGUGAGAAAGUGUCCACUUAUACAUGUGGGCAUUGCCUUCCUCAUAAAAGAGCAGUGUGUGAUUUGGGAAGGGGGUUGACCAGGUGACACUGCUAGGCCAGGGAGUCUGUGGAAAAUGCUAUGCUGCCUCUGAAGAAUUGAAGUUAAGGGUUAGCAUCUGAUCAUCCUGCUGAGUAUCACCACAGUUCCUUUCUAGAGCAGCACUCCAGGUCAGAUGUUCAAGUUCUAGGGAUCAUGGGCUACUCGGCCCAGCUAGUAUGGUGGUAACUCAGCUUCCCUCUGCUCCACAGAAGGCAGGAAGGCUGAGUCACAGGCACACAUGCUGCCCAGCAGGUCCAAAGAGAGCCUUCUUCCCAUGUAUCUUAUAAAGCAGUACAAAUCAUGCAACACAAACUUUGAAGCUACUAUAUGUAAUGAUUUCAGAGGAGAUUGUGACAUCUGGAUUUUAUCUGUUCAUUUAAUGUAUUUAUUUUGCAUUUGAUAAGUGGCUAUGCAUAAUCAAAAUUGCAGUUAUCUCCCUCAGAGUUCCAUUUAAAAACAGUUACAAAGACUCAGCUUUGCAUUAAAUGGGGCCCACUUGGAAAGACCACCCUGAACCAUAUCAGUAAUCUUCCUGCCGGGAAUCAUGUUACUUGGCCUCAAUAAAAAACUCUGAGACUGAAAAAAAGAACACCAUUCAGGCAGGACCAGUUUAUCAUCUGGUACUAAGGAGCUGACUGGCCUCCUCAGGAUGUGUUGUUAGCUGCAAGGAAUAAUUUUGAAGCCCAUUUGAAACUGUAAAUGCUGAGAAGAUAAAAAUUGAUGACGCUUUGUGCCACAGAGCUACUUAAGAGUUAAUUUGCAUCUUAGUGUUAGGAUCUUUGGAAUUAUUUAUGUCCCUGUAACUAUUUAAAAUCCUAUGUGCCAUGAGACUCUCCAUGGUUUUUUUGUAAAUAUAUUUCUUUAUAUUUAAUUAGCUGACACUACAACCAGGAGUGGCCAGGUUUGCAUUGUAACUGGUGUGAUGCAGAAUCACACAUCUCGUCACCUACGGCACUGUGGUGGUGAAUAUGAAGGGGAUAUCAUUUAUGGUGAAUGUAAAGAUACUUGCAUUUUUUUUUUAUGCUGUCUCUACAGAUAAGACAAUCUGUGUUAUUUGUGUAUGUGUGUUGGGGGGGGGCUUAAAAGGGCUUUCUUUUGGAAGUUAAAGGCAGUGUAUUAUCUCCUUUAAUAGUUGCAGUAUGGACAGAUUGAGGCAUUUUGAGACUAAAGCAAUCUUAGUGUUUCUCAACUUCCUUGUGGAUGAUAUUGGCUUUCCUAAUUUGGCCAAACUUGAAGAGAAUGACAGAUGCUCUGUACAUUUAAAUUUGUUCCUGGAGACUGUAUGGUUGAAACCCUCAAGCAUUUGGUGGAACCUCUGGUGGUUUUAGAUGGAUGCAAAUACUGAUGUCUUCAGAGAGAGUUUAUCUUGGCACGUAUUUGGUUAAUGUGGUUUUCUUUUCCCCCUUGAUUUUCCUUUAUCCUCUUUUCAUUUCAUUUGAAGGCAUGAAAGGAAAUGCCUUUUCCCUUUCAUACAGAGAGAUUACAAUCAUGAAAGCCUAAAGUCACUUGUUGGUCUGUGUAUAAGACUAGGAAAGUAAAAAGGCAGCAACAGAUUAAAAUCUCCUGAGUUUGCUUUCAGGUAAAGAAAACAUUUUUACUUUGUGUAGCAGCAGUCUUCCAGAUUACCUUUGCCUUUGAAAGAGCAAGAACAUAGUAGCCUGCCCAACCCCAAUACCCAGGUUUUCCUUGGUAACUUGGCAUGAAGUGCCAGCAUUGGCAGAACCUAGCCUGGCCACAGGGAAGCCAACAUAUACCCAGCCUAGCUCUCUGGGCUUGCUUGGCUCAGGGGUAAGGGGUAGGUGGGUCACACUCCCAGCCAUUUGGACACCAUUCUUACCCCCAGACAGGAAUGCUCACAGCAUGGAGAGACAUGGAGCAUAUCUGACCUCUGCUAAUGCUUCUGAUGAGAGCAUUGUGGUUUUGUUGAAAAUAUCCCUAUGCUUUUAAAAUUGUGCAGUUUCAUCUGCCUUAAAAUUUUUUUUAUUACUAUCUUUAUUUAUUGGGACAGCCAGAAAUUGAGAGGGGAGUGGGUGACAGAGAGGGAGAGAGACAGACACCUGCAGCCCUGCUUCACCACUCACAGAGCUUUUCCCCUGCAGGUGGACCAGGGCUUGAAUCUGUGUCCUUGCGCAUUAUAACACGUGUGCCACCACCCAGCCCCUUAUCUGCCUUUCUUUGAAGCUUUCUUAGUAGUGAUUAAAUUUGGGUUAAACCACAGGCAGUCUCUGAAGAAAAGUACUAGUUUUUCUGUUUGUUUGGUUGUUUUACCAGAGCACUGCUUAGCUCUGGUUUAUGGUGAUGUGGGGGAUUGAACCUGGGACCUUAGAGCCUCUGGCGUGAGAGUCUUUUGCAUAACCAUUAUAUUCUCUCCCCAGCAGAGUGUGCUUUUUUUUUUUUUUUUUAAAUUUAUGGUGUUUGCAUAUUCAUGCAUUCUUACUUACAGUAAAUGAACCUUGAGUGACCCUGCCACAUGUCCUAUCUUACAUGUGGUUCCCAGCUCACCUUUUCUUGUAGAUACUUCUGUACUGGCUAGACAAAACAAGCCUUUUUAUAUCCAUGUAUUUUAAAGAGGUCACCUAAGGUCUGAUAUCUGCAAGAUUGUGGGUUGGUCUUAGAAACUCAACAGAUGACUAGAAUAUGGAGACAACAUGUGGCAAAUUCAGUGAUUCUGGGCAGCAGUGGUGAUUCUAAGUAACUCCCAUUUAUAUUCAAAACAAAGCUACCAUGAAGUCAUUGUGAUAUUACAUGAUUGACAUUUUCUCUAUACUGAACAAUAAUGAUAUUUUAAAAAAGAUAGCAAGAGAGAAAAACACUUUCUAGGCCAAAGGUUUCUGACUGACUCGCAAAUGAAAAGUUGUUCACUGCUCUAGGCACUGCCAGUUUUGUGUGAGGUCUAAGAGACACUUUUUUGUUGUUGUUGUUGUUAAGUUCCUAGUGAAGUUUGCAGAUUCCAGGUGAACCAGGUCAUUCUUAACAUCAGCACUCAGGUCUAGUAAGCAAUAGGCUUGGUGAGUUAGUGAGGUGGGAGUGUGCGGAGCAGGUCUGGGAAGUAGGAGGACAAGUGUCUUCCUUGAAGCUGCUGGCACAGUUACUAACCCAGGCUGUCUUGGAAAACUGCACUUGGUUAACUACCUUCCUGUAUUCGGAAAAGAGACCUUAGGUUCCAAAACUAGCUCUAGAGCAAGAGCCAAAUGUUAUAGCAACCAUUCCUUGGUGCUAUAGGUGGGCUCAUAGUCUCUCAUUUAGAAACUAGGGGGCUCUGGACAGGUAACUCAGUUUCUGGUUUGGGUGCUACCUUAGGCAGGACUCAACCUAAAAACACUGCCUACCUUGACCUUUGUGGGCUUUUCCUGACUUGUUAUAAAUGUUUUCUUCUUGGUAUCACUGAAAUCAAUCAACUGUCUUAGCUGAGAAGGUAAUUUGAGAUAUUUGAUCUUUUACUGUUCUUUCACUUAGAAACUAUCUCUAAAAGGAAAUAGCCGCAAUACUGUUAGAUCUAAAAGAAUUUUCUUCUGAAAGUGAAUAUUCUAUUAGAAUUUUCUUUAUCCCAGUCAGUGGCAUUUUCAUACACUCUUAACCUGAAACAGAGGAGUGGGUCCUGAUACAUUUUCUUCUCUUUAGAUUAUACUGUUAUUCUACUUGGACCAAUUUUUCAACCUUGAGGAUUUUCUAGUUUUCUUAAAACUAAUAGUGAAACAAAAAAGUUACCCACAAGCUCCCCAUGAGUUUGAAUUGAUGGCAACUUUAAAAUUUAGAUUAUGGAUUUUUGCAUAGUCUUCCUUUUCAUAGGCUGAGUAUUGUGUACUUUUUUUUUUUUUUACCAAGACUAAUGCAAGUAACUUGCUGGUUAGACAUCUAGAGUGACAUUUUCUUUGGGUUACAUAAUAUACAAAGCUCCAAGAGCCUUUAGUAAGGGGUUAAUAACCUGGACUCUAUGAGAAUUCAGCAUUUUUAUGUAUCUAAUUUACCGGUAAGAAUUUGUCUGUUGUCUGAAAUGACCUUAAUCAGCUGUUGGUAGGAUUUAGGAUAAAGUUUCUUUUCAUAGUUGUGCCUCCUGUGAGGAGAGGUGUGAAGUCAUCAGAAGGAUGGCCAGUAAGGACAGCGUAGGGGUUGAGGAGAGAAAGGACCUGAUGCUGAGGUCUGUUUGUUGGCAGCUUCCUUCCAUGGGACCUUUUGCUUUCUUGACUUUUCCAGAAUUGAGUCUGAAAAUUUGGAGACACUAUUUCUGUAGAACUAAGAAAGGCAAUUAUUUGAGGCUUGAGGGGAUCUGUCUGUCAAAGCGCUACAAGAAGGCUGUAUCCCCACCCCCCCACCCCAAGCUAGCCUGGCUUGCAAAGGGACCACCUGCUUUGCUUACUCUUUGACUAUUACCCUUCCAAAAAUGAGUUUUCAAAUCCUGCCUCAUGAUAAAGUUAACUUCUAGGGAUAAAAACAAUGUUUUUCAUAACCUGAUUUUAUUUGAUGGGGUUUCCGCUCAGAGAAUGUGAGGGAGUGGGAACUAUUUGUAUAUGUUGAAUUGUGUAGGGGUUCAGGAAGCCGUGACAAAAGCACUGACCUAUUUAUUAUAGGUAUGACUGUAUUCCCCCCCCCCCAAAGUAGGUAAUUCUUUGUAUUUUAAGACAAAUAAUAAUCACUUCACCUUUGGUGCCUUCGUGUGUCACAUAAGCACUCUUGUCAAUCAUGGAAUUUAAAAAAAAAAGAUGUACAUUUAGUUAAAUCAAAUAACACUAUUUUUGUAGCAUGAUUUUAGAUUGUGUCCUUUUAAUAUUGCUUUCAGCAAUGCUGGCUUUGAAGCUUGGCCAUCUUCCUUUUAAACUUACAUAUUUUAAAAAAGAAAAAAUAGUAGCCCUGGCUAUUCCUGCUUUUCUCCCUGCUGUUCUCUGCUUAUUUAAAUAAUCUGAGCAUAAAAGUAUAUUUCUGUGAAAUAAUUCUUAGUCAGUAUAAUUGCAUUUGGCAUUUUGGAACCACUUAUUCUGUUUGGAGAAGUACUGCUCACUCACCCCAGUAAGAGAAAAGUGGCUCCAUAUUUAAAACAGAACAUCUUUGGUGCUUUGACUUCAUCUUUCUUGGGUCUACAAGGGUGAAAAGCCCUACUGCUGUGGCUAGUGAACUAGGGGGUAUUCUUUGGCCUGGUGUCUUCCAAGGUCAGCUCAGGCUGUUCAUCUGGCUUUGCUGCCUGUGUGUAUCUCCCCCCACCACACUCCCUCUACCUUGCAGCCUCCCAAAGUGAUGGAACCCUUGGGCUUACCUUCCACUUGGAUUUCUGCUUGGCCAUGGAUACCCAUUCUGGUUUCCAACCUGAUCAAGAUAGAUUCCUCACUGUGAGGAACUUGAUGAAGUCAAGACACAGUUAAUGUUUCAGCUGCUUCGUUAGCUCUACUGCCCCUGCAGGACCCACUUUAUGUCAAGAAAAAUCUUGAGUAAAUUAGUUAAGCCAUUGCAAAAUGAAGGGAUUUGCUAAAGCAUAAAAUUUUAGGUUUUUUUUUUUUUUUUUGGUCCUUUUAAAAGGUCAGAAUGUCAUUAUUUUUUAACCAAGGAAGUUGUAACAGAUGACUUAAAAACUCUUCCAGUACGAUCGCUCAUUGGUACUUUGCCCAGUGGCACUUUUUUUUGGAGGGGUGGGAGGGGGUGCUAAUUUAAUAACAAUUACAAGCUGCUUCUUAAAAUGCUAGUAGUUCCUUUGAACAGUUUAGACUCAGCUGUGGGGCAUUCUGAGUUGAGCCCAUCUGGCAAAAUUUCAUUGAUGCUGUUGGUUGGUCAGCGCACCUACCCUGGCAUCUCAUACUGGCAUGUGUGCCCUGGAGUGGGCACCACCUGACUCUGGCUGACUCUUGGGUGAGAUUAUCCAUUUGGAGUGAUUUUAGGGUCCCAGAGCCUUUUCUCCUGUUGGUUCGUCUCGACAGCAGACAAGGCAAGUUAACAUCAGUGCCCCCUUUACUUUUGAAGGACCAAUUUUUCAUGGUACUUGUCUUGAUUGUUUUCAUAGUGUUCAAAUCUGUAUUUUUGUAUGUAGAGGGAAAUAAGUUUCUCAACACUAAUCGCUAAUGAAUAUUGUAUUAAAUUGUCAUGAAGGAGUUCUUGUUUAAUAAAUGACAUGUAAAAUGGCA